UACCACAAAAUCUGGAAAGAAAGUUGCUGGUCGGGGCAGCCCGCGCGGCCUGCGGGGGGAGGAGGGAUGCUCCGCCUCUGGCAUUGACGGGCGGGAUCCACACUGGCCGCCGAGCGGUAGCGAGCGCGGGACUCCCGGCGGGCGGGGAAGGCGCGGGGCGUGGUUUGCAGCUCUCAGAGCGCCAAGGAGCGGGGCGCGCACUGCAUUGCCAUCAACCUUCCGCUGGACGGGAGAAGCGAGCGGGAGACCGAGCCGAAGGCGCGCUCUAAGGAACAAGGCGAGUGGGACCGCGACUUGGGCCGCCCCUGGCCCGCGCCCUCGCCCUAGCUGGGCCCGCAGCGGUACUUUUCUUUAACUGACAGUGGCAUGGUAUAAUCUCCACUGAAUCGAAGGAUGGCAUCUGGUCCUGUACUUCCUAAUGAAGAUGGACAGGUUUCCUUGGGCAUCGAUGAUCUUCAUAUUUCACUGCACGCUGAGCAAGAAGACACUCAGAAGAAAGCCUUCACCUGCUGGAUAAACUCAAAGUUGGCAAAGCACACCCCUCCCUCAGUUGUAUCAGACCUAUUCACAGACAUUAAACAAGGGCAUAUCCUCCUGGACCUGCUGGAAGUACUCUCAGGACAACAGCUGCCUCGAGAUAAAGGGACAAAUACAUUCCAAUGUAGAAUCAAUAUAGAACAUGCCUUGACAUUCAUACAAAAAAGAUCAAUCAAGCUCAUUAAUAUUCAUGUUACUGAUAUUAUAGAUGGGAACCCAUCCAUUAUUCUUGGCCUAAUUUGGACAAUUAUACUGCACUUUCAUAUUGAGAAACUUGCCCAGACUCUUUCUUGCAGUUACAAUUCACCUUCCCUGGAUAGUGUGAGUGCAGUUGACUCAUCUCCUACCUCAAGUCCUCCAGCUAAGAAAUGCUCCAAAACUCGAGCAAGAUGGCAGAUGUCUGCAAAAAAAGCUCUUCUCUCAUGGGCUCAAGAGCAAUGUGCCACUGAUGAGUCUGUCAAUGUGACAGAUUUUAAGACAAGCUGGAGAAAUGGCAUGGCUUUUUUAGCCAUAAUUCAUGCCUUGCGACCAGACCUGAUUGACAUGAAGAGUGUGAAGCAUAGAUCCAACAAGGACAAUCUGAACGAGGCCUUCAGAAUUGCAGAACGAGAAUUAAAAAUACCCAAAUUGCUGGAACCGGAAGAUGUGGAUGUUGUCAAUCCUGAUGAGAAGUCAAUCAUGACCUACGUUGCACAGUUUCUCCAGUAUUCAAAGGAUAAACUUGGGACUGGAGAUAAAGCUCAGGGAAAGAUGAAAGAAGCUAUGGCCUGGGUAGCUCAGCAAGAGACAAAACUACAGAAUGUGCUAAAGGAUUCAGAAAAUAAGACCUACUCAGAAAAGUAUGAAAGCCUACUAUCCUAUUUGGAGUCAUUCAAUGAAGAAAAAAAGCCCUUUUUGGAUAUCCUGCCAUUAAAGGACAAUCUGGAUGAGCCGAAUGAAGACCAGCUACAGUUGUCAGUCACCUGGAAUGGCCUUAACUCCAAGAUUCAUUUGUGGAAAACAAAGCUGAAUGAUGCCUUGCCCUCUCCUCUCCAUCAAAUUGAAGCUUGGCUGCAGGAGACAGAGAAGCUUAUAGAUGAAGAUUUACCAGCUUCCCAGGAUUACUUUGCAGCCAUGACUCUACUACAAGAGAAAAUGACUUUAUUCAAGGCUUUGAUGGAUAAAUCUGACUAUUAUUUGAAUAUUCUACUGGCAUUUGAAAACAGAGAUGAAAAGCAUUUGCCAUUGGUACCAGCUAACAAGUUGGAGGAAAUGAAAAGACGAAUCAACAACAUUUCAGGAAAAAAAUUCAUAACACUUCUAGAAUUCCAUUACUAUAAAUACGCAGUGCUUGGUUUACUAAAGGAAGUGAAAUCAAAAUUGGACAUUUGGAAUAUCAAAUAUGGGACCAAAGAAUCCGUGGAAUUAUUACUGGUAGACUGGCAGAAAUUUAUUGAAGAAAAAGAGUUCCUAGCUCAACUUGAAAGUUCUUUUAAAAAAUGUGAAGAAAGUUACAAGAAUUUGGCUGCAGAAUGUCAGGACACUAGUGAACAAUAUGAGAUGGUGGAACGUGAUUUUUGUAUGUAUAGAACAAACAUUGAUAAUGUGAAAUCCACUCUACAAAAUGUUCUGAAGUGUUGGGCUACUUAUGUGGAAAACCUCCGCUUACUAAAGGCAUGCUUUGAGGAGACCAAGAAGGAGCACAUUAAGGAGGUUCCCUAUGAAACACUAUCCCAAUGGAACCUAGCCCAUGUUACUUUAAACGAAGCAGGAGAUUUCCUUAUUCAAGUCAGCAGUGAUGAAGUUGGAACAUCUAUUUCUAAAGAACUAAGAAGACUGAAUAAAAGGUGGAGAAAGUUUAUCCCCAAAGCUCAUCUUGAAAUGAAACAACCACUUUUAAAAACACAAGAUCAGCCCGUUCUUGACAAUUCUGGAAGUAUUCAUCUGUCUGAAGAAGAAAAACGAACUGUUGAUUUUUCAGCUGAUAUGCCAGUAGAAUGUCCUGAGAACCACAAUCAAAAUAUAAAGUCUGGAGAAGAACAGGAAAAAGAAUGUGAAGAAUUCACAGGGCAAUUAAAAGUUGCUGAAGAUUUUGAGAAACUCAUUGGACAAGUACAAGUCUGGGAGGCAGAAGCCAAAUCUGUGCUGGAUCUUCUAAAACAUAAAGAUGAUAUCAGUCCCUCAGUGGAAGAAUCUUUGCAGCAUCUUAUUGCCAAAGGCUCUAUGUUUGAAGAGCUUGUGUCCAGAACAGAAGAUAUUUUACAAAUGGAUGUACAAAAUAUUUCAAGCCAUGAGUCCCUCCAACAUAUUCUCACAGCUGGUCUUCAGACAAAAAUUCAAGAAGUUAAAGAAAAAGUCCAGAUCAACAUGACAAAAUUAGUUAUAGCCUUGAAGAACUCAAUUGAAGUUUCACCAGAUCUAGAUGUCAAGUGGAAGGUGGAAAAUUCACAAAAGGAACUUGAAUCAUCCAUUUCAAAGGCAGAACAGUUACUUAGCCAAAGAGAGAGCAAGAGUGAACUGAUUUCAAAAUACAAGGAAGCAAUAACAAUUUUUAAUACUAGAAGUCUGACCAAGUAUUUGAAAGCUGUUGAAGAACUGAAAAGUAAUGCAACUGAGGUUGUAAAACUGUCUUUGGAAGAAAAGAGUAAAGAGAUCUGUACAAGGUGGGAGACACUUCAUCAUGAAAUGUCUUUGUAUAUUCAACAGCUGAAAAUAGACAUUGAAAAAGGAAAACUUAGUGACAACAUUUCAAAACUCGAAAAACAAAUCAAUAAAGAAAAGAAACUAAUUCGCAGAGGAAGGACUAAAGGCCUCAUCAAGGAACAUGAGGCCUGCUUUUCUGAGGAAGGCUACCUAUACCACCUUGAUCACCACAUGCAAGUUCUGCGGGAGUUGUGUGAAGAGCUGACUUCACAGAAGACUCAACAAGAAGUGAGGAGAGCGCUCAAAGAUUAUGAACAAAAGAUAGAAAGACUUCGAAAAUCCGCUUCUGAGAUUCAAAUGCUGCUGCAGCCCAUGGUGGGAGGCACUUCCAAACACAAGGGAACCACAAGCACAUCUGAGAAUGGAGGAAGGGAUAUCCACAGUGAGGUAUCAUCUGCUAAAUCAGACUAUCAGAUGCCAAAUGAAAAGCCAAUGGAAUCUAAGAUGUAUGGCCAAGAGUCAGAAUUACAGCCCCAACAGGAAGAAAAUAAGGAGAAGUAUGAAGUGGAUCAUAAUGCAUCUAAAAAUAAUUUACUAGACAGGUAUGACAUGCACAAAGAAACUCUUACCCUACAUCUUAAAAAUAACACAUCUAGAAUUACUUCUGAUUUUCCUAGUAAUAAGGAAAGGAGUAGUGCUUGUCUACAGGAUAAACUCACAGACUUACAGAUAUUAAAAAAUGAAACUGAGGCUUGCUGGAAAGAGUUCGAAAUCACUUCAUUAAAGUCAGAAGAGCUUGUGAGUGACACACACAAAUCUCUUGUAGUUAAAACAAGAGACCAAUUAAAGAGAAAAGAAAGAAUGCUUCAGAAGACUCUUAAUACCAGAAUGACAUCUUUGGAGACUGCACUGCAGAUUGUUCUACCUGUUGAGAAAGAGUCACUCCUUCUUUGUGGGUCAGACCUGGUCCCCCAUGAAAUGAUCAUUCAGGAUUUUCGUCUGACUAAUGCUGAUGAUGUUUAUCAAAACCUAAGGAAUAUCCAAGAUUCUCUUACAAAACAAAUUGAAAUAUGUAACAGUUUGGAACAGUCAGACAACUUUGUAUUGAAAGAAUUAGAUCCACUUGAUCUGCAUGCAACACAGGAUAUUAUAGUGAAACACAGACUACAACUUGAAGAAAUGAAUCACAAAAUGCAGAUGAAGGAAGAGGGCCUCAAAGCUCUGGAAGAUUUCCUGUCUUCACUGAGAAUAGCUGAAAACUCUCCUGUAGCAUCAUAUACACAAGUGGCACAAGAAAAUACUUUGACAGUGGAAAAUAAAGAGGGAGAAAUUCAUUUGAUGAAAGAGAAGGCCAGAGAUUUAGAUGAGCAAUUGAAGAUACUUGGGAUAAGUCUUAAAGAUGCUAGACUGGCUGAAGAUGCCUCCUGUGAAAAACUUCUUGAUACUUUCUCCAAAAAGUUAUUUGAGACACAUAGUCAUGGCAGCCAAGAGGAACUCUCUGAAGAAAAAUUACUAGAGACGUGUAUUUUCAAAAAUAAUGAACUUCUGAAAAAUAUCCAAGAUGUAAACAGUCAGCUCAGUAAAAUUAGUCUCAAAGACCCAACUGUUCCAGCUAUAAAACAACGAAAAAAAUCACUUAUCAGACUGGAUAAGGAUCUUGAUGACUAUGAAGAAGAGAGGAGACACUUGCAAGAAAUGACUAAUUCUCUUCCACAACUCAAAGAUGCCAGAAAAAAGGCUCUGAAUCAGCAGUUUCAAAAUACAGCAAUCUUGUGGGAGAAUACAAAAGCUUCAGUCACUGAAUGCCUUGACCAAUGUGAAAGAGUUUUGGAGCUCUUGAGACAAUACCAAGUUUUAAAAAAUAUCCUGACAACUCUGAUUCAAAAAGAAGAGAAUGUUAUCUCCCUUCAGGCUUCGUACAUGGGAAAGGAGUACCUGAAAAAAAGGAUAGCAGAGAUUGAAAUUGUCAAAGAAGAAUUUAAUGAACAUUUAGAUGUUGUAGACAAGAUUAACCAGAUCUGUAAAAAUCUACAAUUUCAUCUAAAUAAAAUGAGGACCUUUGAAGACCCUCCUUUUGAGAAGGAAGCUAACAUUAUUGUGGACAGAUGGCUUGAUAUCAAUGAAAAGACAGAAGACUACUGUGAAAAUCUUGGUCGAGCUCUUGCCUUAUGGGAAAAACUUUUUAAUUUAAAAAAUGUAAUCGAUGAAUGGACUGAAAAUAUCCUUGGAACAGUGCACUUACAUCAACUGACUGAAGAAGAAAGAGAAAAGCUGAAGGGAGAUUUAGAAAUUCAUGAACAGAAGUCUCUAGAAUUUUCUGAAAAGGUGGCGAAAAUACAGCUCUUGCUUCAAAGCAGUGAAGUACCUCUUGAGUUGCAGGUCAUGAAGACUUCUAUUUUGAAGAAGAUAGAAGCUGUAAAAGCAUGUUUACUGGGAGAAUCCAUCAGCACUGCUGAACUACAGGAGGAUCUUGACCAAGCCAAGACCCAAAUUGGAAUGACUGAGUCUCUCUUAAAGGCCCUUUCUCCUUCCGACAGCUUGGAGAUCUUUACUAAACUAGAGGAAAUACAACAACAAAUUCUACAGCAAAAGCACAGUAUGAUAUUACUUGAAAAUCAAAUUGGUUGUUUGACUCCUGAACUCUAUGAAUUAAAAAAGCAGUAUGAAAGUGUCAGUGAUUUAUUUAAUACCAAGAAAAGUGUUUUGCAAGAUCACUUUUCUAAGUUGCUAAAUGAUCAAUGCAAGAACUUUAAUGACUGGUUCAGCGACAUUAAAAUGAACCUUAAGGACUGUUUUGAAUCAUCAGAAACAAAAAACAACAUGGAAGAAAAGCUACAAAAACUUUCUGAUUUUUUGACUCUUGAAGGAAAAGGCAGUGAAAUACAACAGGUGGCAACUGUAUUAAAUCAUGUGAAGAAGCAUCUGCCCAAAGCAUAUGUUAAGGAGCUUGACAGCUGGAUUGUAAGUGAAGAAACAGAAUUAGAAAAAAUGGAAUCCAUAUGCCAGGCACGAGCAAAGGAGCUUGAUGACUGUGUGCAGCAGCUACUGAGACUCCAGGAUGACCACAAGAAUCUGAGUAAGUGGUUGACGAAUCAGGAAGAGAAAUGGAAAGAGAUGGAAGAAUCUGGAGAGAAAACGGACCUAUUUUACCAAGUUCUAGAUAGAAAAAGGGAACAGUUUGAAUCUAUAGCCCAAGUGAACAACUCUUUGAAGGAAUAUGGGAUUACGGAAGAAGAAAUAAUAAUGGAAUCAACACAUUUGAUUAGUAGAUACCAGACAUUAUUGGGACAAUUAUCUGAAAUUGAGGAUGAGGAUAAGUUAACAGCUGCUGAAAGCCAAAGCUUUGAUGAUCUUGCACAUGAUGUAAUUCAAUGGAUAACAGAGAUUAAAGAGUCUCUUAUGGUUUUGAAUUCAUCUGAAGGCAAAAUGCCACUUGAGGAGAGAAUUCAAAAAAUAAAGGAAAUCAUAUUACUAAAACCUGAAGGGGAUGCUAAAAUAGAGACCAUCAUGAAUCAGGCUGAGGGCAGCCAAGCUGUGUUGGUUCCACAGAACCUUGCUGAUAUCAAGGACCAGUGGGACAACACACUUCAUUUAGCCAACACUUAUCUGAGCCAUCAAGAAAAGCUUCUGUUAGAAGGAGAGAAGUAUUUACAGAGUAAGGAGGAUCUGAGAUUAAUGCUCACAGAACUAAAAAAGAAACAAGAAAUGGGCUUUGCUCUGCAACAUGGUUUGCAGGAGAAGGAAGCCCAGUUAAAAAUUUAUAGGAAAUUUCUCAAGAAAGCACAAGAUUUGACAUCCUUGCUAAAAGAAUUAAAAUCUCAAGGAAAAUACCUCUUAGAAUGCACUAAAAAUUCCAGCUUCAGCGAAGAGCCUUGGUUGGAAAUAAAGCACCUACAUGAAAGUCUUCUACAACAACUACAGGAUUCUGUACAAAAAUUGGAAGGUCAUGUUAAAGAACACCACUCAUACCAAGUGUGUGUCACAGAACUGAAUACUGCACUGGAUAAUUUCUCUAAGGAAUUUCUCAGUUUGUUUGAUAAGCCUUUGGAUCAAAUAGCAGCUAAGGAAAAACUGCAGAAACUUCAGGAACUAGAGAACAGACUCAACUUGCAAGAUGGAACAUUAGAAAAGAUGUUACUCUUAGCCGAAUCCAUCAAUCCAAAUACAUCUUCAGCAGGACAGAAGAUUAUUAAAGAUGAAAUAAAAUCACUUAAGGAUAAACAAAAAGGUUUGGAAAAUAAACUUCAGUCUGCUGAGCAGGAGCUGGAAAAAUAUCUCAACAGCAUUUUGAAAUCAAAAUGCUCAGAAGAAAAGAAAGAAAAGUUUACUUUGCAAGACAGUGAGAAGCAAGUUGUUUUCUAUGUUCAGGAGUCCUCUCAGGAGUUAACUACUGUGGAGAAGUUGGAAAAAGACUGGGACAUAAACAAGAAUUCAUCUGUGGAAAUGGUUUUGUCAAAACAACUUUCUCCCGAUGUUCAUGAAAGCAUGAAAACCACUGAAGAUGAGCAGAAAGUCAAUGAGCUGCAAAAUCAACCUUUAGAAUUAGAUGUUAUGUUAAGAAAUGAACAAUUAAAGGAAAUAGAGGAACUGUACAUGCAGUUGGAAGCACAGAAAGCAGCCAUUGAAAGACCAGGACAAACUGAGUUUCUCAGCAAAACAGAAACAAAUGCCUUGGUUCUCAAUAAUGCAAGGUUUUCGGUACACCAUUUAGACAGUUUACUUCAGACACUUAUGACCAUAAAGAAGAACAAAGAAAGUCAAUAUCGUCUUCUUGAAGAUUUUCAGGAACACCUCGCUGCAGUUGAAUCCUCAGCAAAAGCCUUGUUGACAGAAAAGGAAAGUCUAAAAGUGGGACCAUUGGACAGUAUAACCUAUUUGGAAAAAAUCAAAAAAAUCCUGACAUUAAUAGAAAAAGAGAAAUGUUCUUUAAGGAAGAUAAAAAGUGAAUGGGAGAACAUAUCAAAUUGUCUGGCUGACAUGGACAAGAAGUUUUUGGAAAGUCAGAUUAAGAAGCUUGAAUACAGUGGAGAACAGCUGGAACAACUGGUCCAAAAGAAAUAUUCUCAGCGAGUAGUGGAAUACAAUGAGUUUACAUUUCUCAUGAAUAAGAUCCAAGACCUUGAGGUUUCUCUGCAGCAGCUGCAGCCCUAUCUACAUUUAAGGCUCAACUCUCCAGAAGAACAGGCAGAGAACCAAAGCUUGGUUGCAAUAGUCACUGAACUCCAAACUAUCCAUCAGAGAUUUUCUGUUUUAAAGAGGCAAACUGAACUUCAAAUGAAGAGGAUUUGGGGAGAAAAAGAAAAGAUGGUUUUGGAAGAUGCAAUAAAUAAUUUGCAGAAGCAGUUGGAAGUGUUGCAACCUAUAAAUAGAGAGAUAGAGAAUCAGAUUGAGAAAUGUGAAGUAAGGACCAAAAUGAAAGAGACCAUCGUGUGGGUCAAAACUCUGUUAGGUGAACUCAUUCCUCCCACAUCCCAUCCCCCAGAUGACAUUCUUUCCCAGAUUAGAAAAUGCAAGAUGAUGCAUGAUGACAUUCUGAAAAAGCAGCAGGCUGUGGAGUCAUUGUUUGAAGAAGUAAAAGAUAACAUUCCAAGGCUUACAGCACGUGAAAAUGAUGAUGUAAACAACUUACAGCAUGAAUAUCAAAUGCUGGUUUUGAAAUCAACUCAAAGGUCACAGCAAUUAGAAUCUAAAAUCGAGGAAAGAAGAAAAUAUGCAGCAGAAAUAGGGAAGGUUCAGCUUUUACUUCAAGGAAAUGAAGCGUUAAUCAUUCCUCCAGUGGAAACAGCCUCCACAGAAGCUGAACUAGAACAUCAGCAUGUCAUGCUGAUGGCAUCUCAGCAGGAAUUGCAAGAAACUGAAAGCGCAAUCUCAACAUAUGUUCAGGAACUCACAAAACUUUACAAGGAUCUAACUGUGUUUGAGAGAGUUUUCUUGGAUGAUCAACUGAAAAGUCUUAAAACUAGAGUCAACAGAACACAAAGAUUCAUUCAGAAUAAAUGUAUAGAUGUAGAACACAAGAUAAAUCUUUACAGGGAAUUUCAUGAAAAAACAUCUGUCCUUCAGAAGGACGUUGAUAAUAUACAACACAACGAAUUGCUACUAAAACAAGAAAUAAAUCAAGAUAUGAAAGAGGAGCUCUGCAGUUUUAAAGACCAGCUCGCUGGAAUUCAAUCUAGCAUCCUACAAAUGUUGAAACUUAAAGAACUGUCUGACUGUAUUGGACUAGAUCUGGAUUAUUCACAGUUUCACCACUUACAGUCCCAAAUAAUUGAAAAGGAAAAUGAGCUGGAAGACAAAAUUAAGCAGUUGGAUACAUUUGUGGUAGAAUAUGACAAAUACCAAGCAUCGUUAAGAAAAUUAAGAACUAUGAAUUUGCAAAUUAAACAAAGAACUGAAGCUACACUAAGAACUCUUAAUACUUCACCAGAAAGUAGUCUGUCUAAUGCCCAUGUUUUGAAUCAGAAAAUUGAGAAAGCCAUGCACUUGAAUCGUGAGAUAAUAAAGAAAUUAAGUGAAAAUAAAGCCUUUGAUGAUUUAUUCAAAGAGAAAGAAAUACUACAAAUAAAGCAGUAUGAAGAAGAAAAUGACAGGUUACACAGGGUUCUCCAGAAUGCGCUAUUAGAAUGUCAACCCAAAGAAGUUGAUGAAAAGAAUUUCCAGGAAAAACUAGAAAAUUCCUUGCUUGUUUUAAACCAAAUAAAUUCUCAGCUACAGAAGCCUGUUUCUAUCAAUUUGAAAAUUGAACAUAUCGAAGAUGAAAAGGAUAAUUGUGAAGCACUUCAAAAACAAAUUCAGGCAGAAAUGCAUAACCUUAAAGCUCUGAGUGUUCUUGGAAGUCAAAGGGAAGCAAACUCUUCUGAAGCUCGUGACAUGGAGACAAAAUUAUGUAACAUUGACGAUCUUCAUCUGCAGCUUAACACAGGCAUUGAUUUGCACAAAAGUAUCUUAAAUGAUGCUUCUGAAAACAUGCUACACUAUGAAGAAGCUGUCAACAGGGCAAAGGGACUCAUCACCAUGCUUGAAGCCAUCUUUGUAUCCCAUAAAGUAGACCUUGAGAAACCAGAAGAAUCACUGGAGAGGCCUCGCUGGAAACACAAGGAGCUGGAAUCCACCAUAGCAGACAUCCAGAAUCUCACUGAGAAGCUGCGAGCUGUAUCCAGCCCUGAAGCCAAACUGCAGCUUCAGUGUACAAUUCAAGAUUUGGUUUCCAAGAAUUCAGCUAUGAGAGAUGCACUAGAAGUAAAGGAAGCUGAGGUGGAAAGGUGUCUUGAAAAUUACACAUGUUAUAGGAAAAUUAAAGAAAAACUUUACACUGACCUCAGUCAAAUGGAGACAGAUCUUGGGCAGUCCAUAUCCCCACUGCCAGUGUCUUACAAAGAAGCUUUAGAGCGCGUGGAACAGAGCAAGGCCUUGGUAUCAAAUCUUAUGUCAACCAAAGAAGGUUUAGUGAAGCUACGACAAGUCCUCAGAUAUUUGAGACCCAUAUGCACAGAACACGAUGGCACAUGUUUGCUAAGAAUCGUGUCAUCUUUGUGGGACAAAUGGUUGAGUUUGCUAGAAGCUGCUAGAGAAUGGGAGAUGUGGUGUGAAGAACUGAAGCAGGAGUGGAAAUAUGUCAGUGAACAAAUUGAACGAGAAGUAAUUAUUUUAGAUAACCUCCAGGAAGAACUCCCUGAAAUUUCUAAACCAAAGGAGGCAGCCACUAAGGAGGAACUUUCUGAGCUGCAAGACAGUUUAUGCCAAUUUGAAGAGAAUGUGGAGAAGCAGCAGCUAUUGUUCACACUACUACUUCAGCGCAUAAAGAGCAUACAGCAUGUUCCAGAGAACACUGCAACAAUUCCUGCAUUUCAGGAGAUUAUAUCUAUGCAAGAACGAUGCCACCAACUUUUUCAGAAAGCUCAAGAAAGUAAAGAAAUAAUGCAGAAUGAAAUCCAAGAAAGGCAGUCUUUCACAGAAGAAAUAAUUAACUUGAAGAAUUUAUUUCAACAAACUACAACUUCUGUCCUAAAUUUGGAAUUACAAGAUCACCCAGAAAGGGCAGAACAAUUUGAGGAGCUUCAAAGCAUCCUGAAGAAGGGAAAGCUCACUUUUGAGAAUAUUAUGGAAAAGCUGAGAAUCAAGUAUUCUGAAAUGUACACUAUAGUCCCUGCAGAGAUUGAAGGCCAGGUGGAAGAAUGCAGAAAAGCUUUGGAAGACGUAGAUGAGAAGAUUAGCAGUGAAGUCUUGAAAAGCUCACCAUCAUAUGCAAUGAGUAGAAAAAUAGAUGAAAUUAGCAAUGGACUUCAUAAUGUUGAAAAAAUGUUGCAGCAGAAAAGCAAGAAUAUUGAGAAAGCACAACAAGUUCAAAAGAAAAUGUGGGAUGAUCUAGAUCUUUGGCAUUCCAGGCUAAAUGAGCUGGAUUCUGAAGUUCAUGACAUUGUUGAACAGGACCCAGAGCAGGCUCAAGAAUGGAUGGAUAAACUGAUGGUUCCGUUCCAGCGGUAUCAGCAAGUAUCACAGAGAGCAGAAUCUAGAACCUCACAGUUAAAUAAGGCCACAGUUAAGAUGGAGGAAUAUCAUGAUCUUUUGAAGAGUACUAAGACUUGGAUAGAAAACACUGGUCAUUUGCUGGACAAUCCCGUUGACUACGACUCUUCAAAAAUGCUGAGUCAGCAUGCUCACACUCUUCAGAUGGCUUUGGAAGAUUCCGAACAGAAGCACAAUCUUCUACUUUCAAUCUUCACAGAUCUAGAAGACUUGUCAAUCAUUUUUGAAACAGAUAACUUAGCACAGUUGAUACAAGAGUUAAGUCAUCAAGUUGCAGCUUUGCAGCAAAAAAUAAUGGAAAGUCUUCCUCAGAUUCAGCAAAUAGCUGAUGAUGUAGUUGCUAUUGAAAAUGAAGUAAAAUCAAUGGAGAAAAGAGUUUCAAAAAUUAAAGCUAUCCUGUUAUCAAAAGAGAUAUUUGAUUUUUCACCUGAAGAGCAUCUUAAGCAUGGCGAGGUUAUACUGGGAAACAUAUGUCCCAUGAAGAAAGCCAUUGCUGAAAUAAUGUCUUACCAUGUGGAACUGAGGUUCCCACAGACAGGAAUGAAGUCUCUGCCUGUGUUUCAACGAACAAAUCAGCUUUUACAUGAUAUCAAAGUAUUGGAAAAUGUGACUCAGAAACAAAAUGAGUUAUUAAAGAUAGCCAUAAAACAGACUAAUGAAUGUGAUGAAGAAGUAGAAAAUUUACAACAGGUCUUAAAUAAUUAUUCAACUGAGUUGUCCCAUGAAGACAGGUCACCAGAUCAAGUUUCCAACAUACCACAUAUACAGGGAGAAAUGGAAGACAUGGAAAAGCAGAUUCUGAGUUUGAACCAGAAAAAAGAAGAUCUGUUGGUAGACUUGAAGGCUACCCUCCUAAACCUUCAUCAGCAUCUGCAGCAAGAACCAGAACUAGAAAAAGAAGCUCCGUCAGGAGGAGUAUCAGAGGAGGAUGGAGUAGCUGAGAGGGAUGUCUCUACACGGCAGCUGAACAGAACAGGCUCUAUGUCUUUCCUGCCAGCAGUGGAGGAAGAGGCAGAAGAGAGCUCCCUGAAGAGUGAAAAUGGAGAUAAAAAAGCAGAACCAUCUUUUAUAUCUUGGUCUUCACUCUGGAAACAUGACAAAGACAUGGAAGAAGACGGGGAAUCCUCAUCUUCUGGAACAGUCAUUCAGGAGGCAGCUAAGAAAAUAAGCACAUGCUCUAAUAACAUGGCACAGAGUCUUGCACCAGACUCACUAACAACUGAGCAGGACCAAGAAUUCUCCUUGAGACCCACUCAAACAGAAGAGGGUGCCACACCCCCUACCAAGGCUGCAGUUCUGGGCUUUUCUGAUGAGCAAGGAGCUUUGGAGGCCACAGUGGAGACACCUAGGCUUGAGCCUGCGGAAGUCCUCCAUGUCUGCAAGACCCAAGUGGCCGAGCUGGAGGUGUGGCUGCAGCAGGCUAACGUGGCAUUCGAGCCAGAAACAUUAAACGCAGACAUGCAACAGGAAGUGGAACAGCAGCUGGUAGGGUGCCAGACCAUGCUAACAGAGAUUGAGCACAAGGUUGCCUCCCUGUUGGAGAAUUGCAAAGAACAAGGCCUGGGAGAUAGUGGAGCCACACAACAAGAGGCUGAAGCACUUUCCUUGAAACUAAAAACAGUGAAGUGUAAUUUGGAAAAAGUCCAGAUGAUGCUUCAGGAGAAGUACAGCGAGGACCAGAAUUCUGCCUUUCUAAAGAAAUCUUCCGAGCAUCAAAAAGUUUUCCAACUAGAUAACCUUCCCGGAUUUGAAUCAGUUAUAACUGAAAGGCCACAAUUCAGCAGACAAAAAGAUUUCCAACCACAGGUUCUGGAAUUAAAACCAGUGGAACAGAAAGAUUUGAUCAAAUUUAUAGAAUUUAAAACUCAGAUAUCAUCUGUCAGCAAUAAGGAAUCUAAGCCUGAAAUUGACAAUCCAGACUUAGCCUUAGCAACCCGAGGCCAAAGUGGAGAUAAGUGGCAGUAUUUACAUAAUGAACUUUCAUCAAAAAUAACUCCAUCUCCCCCACAGCUUGUGGAGACUCAGGUUGCCACAAAUAUGAGGACUCUACCAAGUGUGAGUGUGUAUAACUUUAGAUACCCAACAACUGAAGAACUGAAAAUAUACACCACCCUUCUUGAAGACCUGCGUCAAGAAGCAAAUAAUCUUCAGACACAGGAAAACAUGACAGAAGAAACAUAUUUAAACUUGGAUAAAAAAUUAUUUGAACUAUUCCUGACCCUCACCCAGUGUCUUGGCAGUGUAGAAGAGAUGCUACAGACACCAGAGCUCUUCAGAGAGGAUGUCUGUGCCCAGCAGGUCCAUUACGAGACGCUGGCUCUGGAGUUGAAAAAACUCUUCUUUGCUCUAAGUGACAGAAAGGAUGAUCUUUUGAAAGCCAUGUUCUGGCCUGGAAAAACCACCACCCUGUUCCCUGGCUGUGUGGAUAACCUCCAAGUUUACUUGGAGCACACCCAGGCCACUGCUGCCUCCAGAAGCAAGUCCCUGAAAGCGGGUCUCGACUAUAAGCGCAGUUAUCAGAAUGAAAUAAAGAGAUUAUAUGAUCAACUAAUUAAGAAUAAAGCAUCUUUACAACAGUCUUUGAAUGAAAUUAGUAGCCAGAAUAUUGAUGAACAACUACAGAAAGCAGAUGCACAUACAAUGGAGCUACAGAAUUCUGAGAGCCGAGUGGCAAAGCUGAGAGAUGAAGGGGAAAGGCUUCAUUUACCUUAUGUUUUACUCCAAGACGUUUACAAAUUAGAGGAUGUACUGGACAGUAUGUGGGAAAUCCUGAGAGCCUGGUACACAGAACUCAGCAGCCCUUUCAUCACUCAGAGCCAGAAAGAUGCACUGUUGCAGGGCUUGGCGGAACUUGUGGUCACUGGGAAGGAAAAGCUUGCUCACGAUCUCUUACAACAAACCAAAAGUAAAAGUGCUUUACAGACUGAAAUACAAAAUCACAAGCUCUUUUUCCAGAAACUUGUUGCUGACAUGUUGUUAAUCCAAACCUACUCCAACAAAAUGCUUCCUUCCUUAUUGCAAAAGAAAGAGACACUGUGGGCAGAACAAGUAAAAGAAGUUAAGUUACUAGAAGAAAGAUCACUUCAUUGUGGAAUAAAGCUGCAGAGUUUGUUGCAGAAAUGGGAAGCAUUUGAUGAGAACUAUGCAUCUCUUGAAAAAGACCUGGAAAUUCUUGUAGCUACAUUGCCCUCUGUGAGUUUGGUAGAAGAGACAGAGGAAAGAUUAGUGGAAAGGAUUUCAUUCUACCAGCAAAUAAAAAGAAACGUCGAUGAAAAGCGUGCCCGACUUUACCAGACUCUGAAUGAAGGCAAACAACUGGUGAUAUCUGUGAGCUGUCCUGAACUAGAGGGGCAGAUUGCAAAACUGGAAGAGCAGUGGUUAUCCUUAAACAAAAGAAUCGACCAUGAACUCCACAGACUACAAACUCUUCUCAAGUAUCUGCUCAGUUAUAACAGAGAUUCAGAUCAAUUAACCAAAUGGCUAGAAUCUUCUCAGCAAACUCUGAACUACUGGAAAGAGCAGUCCCUCAAUGUGUCUCAGGACUUGGAAACAAUCAGAAGCAACAUAAACAAAUUUUUUGAGUUUACAAAGGAACUUGAUGACAAAUCCUCCUUAAAGACAGCAGUUAUAAGCACUGGAAACCAACUUCUUCACCUGAAAGAAGCCGAUACAGCUACCCUGAGGGCUUCCUUAGCACAGUUUGAACAAAAAUGGGCAAUGUUCAUAACUCAGCUUCCAGAUAUUCAAGAAAAACUUCACCAGCUUCAGAUGGAGAAAUUGCCAUCUCGUAAAGCAAUCACAGAAAUGAUUAGCUGGAUGAACAAUGUGGAACAUCAGACUGUACAUGAAGACUCUGAACAUUCACUGAGUUCUGCAUCUCAAGUUAAAAAUCUUCUUCAGAAAUACAAGGAGUUUAGAAUGGAAAUGGACUAUAAGCAGUGGAUAGUUGACUUUGUGAACCAAUCAUUGCUUCAACUAAGCACCUGUGAUGUAGAGAGUAAGCGCUAUGAGAGAACUGAAUUUGCAGAGCACCUGGGCGAGAUGAACCGCCAAUGGCAACGGAUACAUGGAUCACUAAAUACCAAGAUACAACAUUUAGAACAACUUUUGGAAAGUAUCACCGAGAAUGAAAACAAAAUACAAAUUUUGAACAACUGGAUGGAGGCACAAGAGGAGAGACUAAAAACUAUGCAGAAGCCUGAAAGUGUGAUCUCAGUGCAGAAAAUGCUCUUGGAUUGUCAAGAUAUAGAAAACCAGCUUGCAAUUAAAUCCAAAGCACUAGAUGAAUUAAAUCAAAGUUAUCUGACUUCAGAGAGUGGGAGAGUGCCAUUGCUAGAAGAUACAGCAUCCAGAAUUGAUGUAUUACUCAAGAAAAGGAACAGUGUUAUCCACCAGGUCAGUGAUCUGAAAGCCUCCACACAGUCUGUCUUGCAGGAGUGGAAAAUGUAUGAUAAACUGUAUGAUGAAGUGACUGUGAUGACAAUACGAUUCCAGUACUGCAUGGAACACAGCAAGCCUGUGCUUUUAUCCUUGGAGGCCUUGAGAUGCCAGGUGCAGAAACUGCAGUCUCUUCAAGAUGAAGCUGAGAACAGUGAAGGGAAAUGGGAGAAACUUCAGGAAGUUAUUAGAAAACUCAAAGAUUAUUGCCCUUCAGUUGCUGAAAUAAUCAAAGAGAAGUGCCAAGAUACUCACACAAGGUGGACCCAGAUAAACCAAGACAUUGCAGACCAUUUGCUGAAAGCCCAGAGUCUGCUGCAGCUCUGGAAGACCCAUAACGGUGCUCACACCGAAACUGUGGCAAAGCUAGAACAGCAGGAAGCAAAGUACCAACAGCUUGAAAACAUCAAUAUGUCUGGAAACAACCUGGAAGAAAUCCUGAUCCCUGCCCUACAGGACAUAAAGGAGCUGCAGCUUGAAGUGCACAAGACAAAAGAAGCCUUUCUCCAACAUUCCACUCUCCUGGAUCGACUCCCCAAACCUAUGGAGCCCAGCACCCCUGUGUCCCUCUGUGAUCAACAACAGCCCAUACAGAGGGCUUCUUACUUGGAAAAGAUGCUGCUUAUGAAGUCAAAUGAAUUCGAGUUUGUCCUAUCAGAGUUCCAGGGUUUGGGGAACCAGUUGGAAUCUUUAAAAAGCCUUAUUAUGCUUGAAGAAGAGAAUUUGAAUAAACUCUACGAACAACAAGAGAAAGAAGAAAUUCCUGACUUACUCCUGAAUCAUGUGCUGGCACUGGCAGCGCUGUCACCUGAUAUUGAACAUUUGAGUGAAGAAAGCCUCAAAGUCCCACUUAGUGACAUCGCUGUCAAGACAUUACAAAACAUGAAGCGGCAGUGGAUCCGGGCUACAGCGACAGCACUGGAACGCUUCAGUGAACUUCAGGGAACUAGACUGAAUGAAAAGUUUCUUUCUUGCUGUGAAAAGUGGGUCCAGUUUUUGGAGAAGACAGAAGAAAUUCUCAAAGCAAAUCUUGCUGGGAGUCUUCCAGGCCUCCUGGAACAACAGAAAACAUAUGAGAUGUUGGAUGCUCAAGUUUCUAUAAACCAGACAAUUGCUGAUUCCUAUGUUACCCAGUCCUUACAACUCCUGGACACAACAGCAAUAGAUAAGAGACCGCAGUUUGUUUCAGACUUCACAAAGUUGACAGACCAGUGGCAGAGUGCUGCCCAGGGUGUUCGGCAGAGGAAGAGUAACAUAGAUGAGCUGGUGAGGCGCUGGCAGUACUUCACCUCCUCGGAGAAGGAGUUGCUUCACUUCCUCAACAAUACUAGCCACCUGCUGUCUGCAGUGAAGAGCCAGGAUUGCUACAGCCACUGUCAAGCCAGAAGCCUGAUCCACAAGCUGAAGAAUAAAGAAGUUCGUUUUCAGAGAUGGCAGCCCACCUAUGCACUAACCAUAGAAGCUGGGGAGAAGUUACAGAACACAAGCACAACUGACAUGGAAACUAAAGAGUUGCUUAACACGAGAAUCCAUCACCUUCAGGACAACUGGAAGGACACAAAGCUCCAAGUAGGGGAGAUGAUUAAGCAGCUACAGAGCACAGUCGAGACCUGGGACCAAUGUGAAAAGAAAAUCAAGGAGUUGAAAAUUCGACUGCAAGUUUUAAAGGCACAAAGCAAAGAGCCUCUUCCAGAGCUUCAUGAGGACCUCCAUAAAGAAAAAGAGUUGAUUAAGGAACUAGAGAAGGCUUUGGCUAACUGGAUUCAGAACUUGAAAGAACUUCACACCAUGAAGGCCGACUUAAACCAGCACAUUCUUGUGGAAGAUGUAAUGAUUUUGAAGGAGCAAAUAGAGCAUUUGCACAGACAAUGGGAGGACCUCUGCUUAAGAGUGGCUAUACGCAAACAGGAGAUCGAAGACAGACUCAAUUCCUGGAUUGUGUUCAAUGAGAAAAAUAAAGAGUUAUGUGCAUGGCUGGUGCAGAUGGAAAACAAAGUUCUGCAGACAGCAGAUAUUAGUAUUGAGGAAAUGAUUGAGAAGUUACAGAAGGACUGCAUGGAAGAAAUAAACUUGUUUAGUGAAAACAAGUUACAGUUAAAGCAAAUGGGUGACCAGUUGAUCAAGGCCAGCAAUACAACAAGAGCCGCUGAGAUCGACGACAAGCUCAACAAAAUUAACGACCGUUGGCAGCAUCUUUUUGAUGUCAUUGGAUCGAGGGUGAAGAAGCUGAAGGAGACCUUUGCUUUUAUUCAGCAGUUAGACAAGAACAUGAGCAACCUUCGCACCUGGUUGGCUCAGAUUGAGUCUGAACUCUCGAAGCCGGUUGUCUAUGAUGUCUGUGAUGAUCAGGAGAUCCAGAAGAGGCUCGCUGAACAGCAGGACCUGCAGCGAGACAUUGAACAGCACAGUGCUGGCGUGGAGUCUGUGUUUAACAUCUGCGAUGUGCUUCUGCAUGACUCUGAUGCCUGUGCCAAUGAGACUGAGUGUGACUCCAUCCAGCAGACCACCCGAAGCCUGGACAGGCGCUGGAGGAAUAUUUGUGCCAUGUCCAUGGAGCGACGGAUGAAAAUUGAGGAGACCUGGCGCCUGUGGCAGAAGUUCUUAGAUGACUACUCCCGUUUUGAGGACUGGCUCAAAUCAGCUGAGAGGACGGCAGCUUACCCGAAUUCCUCAGAGGUGUUGUACACAAGUGCCAAAGAAGAGCUGAAGAGGUUUGAGGCCUUUCAGCGGCAGAUCCACGAGCGGCUCACGCAGUUGGAGCUCAUCAACAAGCAGUACCGACGCCUGGCCCGUGAAAACCGCACUGACACGGCCAGCCGACUGAAGCAGAUGGUGCACGAGGGCAACCAGCGCUGGGACAACCUCCAGAGGCGGGUCACGGCCAUCCUGCGAAGGCUCAGGCAUUUCACUAACCAGAGAGAAGAAUUCGAGGGGACGAGAGAGAGCAUCCUGGUGUGGCUCACAGAGAUGGACCUGCAGCUGACCAACGUAGAGCAUUUCUCGGAGAGUGAUGCUGAUGACAAGAUGCGUCAACUGAAUGGUUUCCAGCAGGAGAUCACAUUAAAUACCAACAAGAUUGAUCAGCUCAUUGUCUUUGGGGAGCAGCUCAUUCAAAAGAGUGAGCCCCUAGAUGCUGUACUGAUUGAAGAUGAGUUGGAGGAACUGCACCGGUACUGCCAGGAAGUAUUUGGCAGAGUCUCUCGAUUCCACCGACGGCUCACCUCCCAUGCUCCGGGCUUGGAAGAUGAAAAGGAGGCCUCUGAGAAUGAAGCAGACAUGGAAGACCCCAGAGAGAUCCAGACUGACACUUGGCGUAAAAGGAGAGAGAGUGAACCCUCAUCCCCACAGUCCCUUUGUCAUCUGGUGCCCCCGGCACCUGGGCCUGAGCGAUCUGGCUGUGAGACCCCGGUCAGUGUGGACUCCAUCCCCCUGGAGUGGGACCACACAGGUGACGUGGGGGGCUCGUCCUCUCAUGAAGACGACGAGGAGGCCCCAUUCUACAGUGCACUGUCAGAUGUAGAAAUCCCUGAAAAUCCUGAGGCAUAUCUUAAAAUGACCACAAACACUUUGAAAGCGUCUUCUGGUAAAUCCAUCUCUGAGGGCCACUCAUGGCAUGUUCCUGACAGCCCUUCCAGCCCCAAGCAUCGCUACAAACAAAUGGGAGGCGAGAGGAAUAUUCAGCCCAUCCCCCCCGAAGAUUCCAGCACCCCUUACAAGCCAGGCUAUGUCAAGCUGCUGUUAUCUCCAGGCACCGAUGGUGGCAAGGAAGACCCCAGUGUCUUGAAAGGUGACUCACAGCAAGGCAAUGAGGACCUGGCCAGUCUAGCUGGGCAGCAGCCAGGUGCCUUUGAAAGAUGGGAGUUGAUUCAAGCACAAGAAUUCCAUGAUAAACUCAGACUAAAACAGAACUUGCAGCAGCUGAACUCUGAUAUUAGUGACAUUACCACAUGGCUGAAAAAAACUGAAGCAGAGCUAGAAACAUUCAAGGUGGAAAAGCCUCCCUCUGAUGUCCAGGAAAUGCAGCUCAGAGUGAAGAGAAUGCAGGAGAUAUUAAAGGCUUUUGAAGCCUACAAAGCUUUAAUGGUCUCUGUCAGCGUGAACAGCAGGGAAUUUCUGCAAGCCGAGAGCGCCGAAUCCAAAGAGCUCCAGAGUAGAGUGGGCCAGCUGAGUCUGCACUGGGACUCGGCACGGUGCGCGGUGGAGAGCUGGAGAGAGAGCCUGCGGCGGUCGCUCAUGCAGUGCCAGGACUUCCACCAGUUGAGUCAAAACCUGCUACUGUGGUUAGCAAACGCUGAGAGCCGCAGGCAGAAGGCCCAUGUCACCGAGCCAAAUGCAGACCCCCAGGUUCUCUUGGAGUGUCGGGAUGAACUCAUGCAACUAGAAAAGGAGCUAGUGGAAUGUCAACCUCAAGUAAACUCCUUGCAAGAGAUUUCAAACAGCCUUCUGAUCAAGGGACAUGGUGAAGACUACAUUGAAGCAGAAGAAAAGGUUCAUGUUAUUGAGAAGAAACUCAAACAGCUACUGGAGCAAGUAUCCCAAGAUUUAAUGUCCUUACAGGAAAGCCAGAACCCAGACCUACCUCUGCCUGGCUUUGACAAGGUAGACUCUGGAGACCAGCUGUCAGCAGCAUCCUUGCGUGCUCCCCAAGUGAAGCAGUUUGGAGCAGAGAAAACUACGAAAGGCAAGAACCAGACAGGCAGCAGCAGGGCACCCAGCCCCUCAGGCUCCAGCAGCUCCAGACCUCCGCGCUCCUUCCUCUCCCGGGUGAUCAGGGCAGCGCUGCCCCUACAGCUGCUCCUGCUGCUGCUCCUGUUUCUGGCCUGCCUGCUGCCAUCCUCCGAAGAGGACUAUAGCUGCACUCAAGCCAAUAACUUCGCCAGGUCCUUUUACCCCAUGCUGAGGUACACCAAUGGGCCACCCCCCACAUAGAGGGCUCCGCCUGACCUGCACCACACCACCACCAGCCUGUUACACCGCACCCAGCUCAUGGCCCCCGGGCAUUGUGUGAGUGACAUUGAGGGACACAUCCAGGGACCUGCUGCAGAGACCUCUCUCUAGGGAUCCGGGGCAGCUGUCCAGUGAUAAUUUUCCCCACCAGGGAGCCUGCGCAACAGUCCUAAGGCAUUUUGGCAAAGGUAAUUGGUUUCAGGAUCCUUGGAAACUGCUGUUUCCUGAAAAGCCAAGCACUUUGUGAAACAACAUUAUUAAGCAGUAGUGCCCAUCACUUAAUUACACUGUAGAAACAAGCUAGCAGAUUUUACCUUAGAGAUGGUUCAGAAACCGGCUUAAACUCCUGACUAAUUGUUUGAAACAAUCAUUUUAAAUGCUCAGAAUGAAUUUUAUUCCAAUCAGCUAUCUUGAACUAUAUAGGUUCUAAACCAGAAUGUUCUGUUCAGUACUGGGGGUGGGGGGUCUGCUCUUUUAUAUUGCAUGGAUGUGGGUAUUUGUGCAUAUUUUUAACAAUGCUCAAUGUGUAUGAAUAUUGUAAACUUUGAUUUUUUUUUUAAAAAAUCAGAUUUUAGCUUGAGCUUUUGACUAAUGUACAGUAAAUGCCAAAUGACAGACUUGACUAAGGACAUUUUUGUAAGUUAAUUUUAUAAGACUUCACAUUUAAUGUGCUGCUUCAGGUUUUGUUUGGCAACAGAGAGAUUGGUGCAGAAACUUGAAGCUGUUUGUGAUAUGCACAACUCAAGAUGUUUCUCAUUAAAACAAAAUAGCCAUG